AUGACAUUGGCCAUGAUGAAGGUUGGCAGAAUGGUAAGGGAAAAGCUGUGGCUAAUGAUGUGUAGAAGGAUAAGCCAAGGAGGUGAGGAUGUGGAAUUAACAAAUGUCUUGCAUCAUAUUGAGAGGACUCAAGAGGAGGGAAUUAACAGGAAUGAGGAAUUUGAAGUUAAUUCUGUUGGGGAAAAUGUGAGAUCAGGAACAUUGCAAGAUGCUCAAAUGCCUAAGAAUUGCUUAGAGGAACAUGAGCAGAAUGUCUCUGAUACAGCUAGAACUAGUUUGGAGGUGUUAAGUUUGGAGGAUUAA